CGUAUAAAAUCAUGUCGGAUACUACCUAGGCUAAGAUUGUAAUGUUACUAAUAAAAUUUAAGUGUUAAUAUAUUAAGUUUCAGAAAAGGCAGGACCAUAGAAUGGAAGUGUUGGGAAUUACAGUGGGCUUAUUUUUUUCCCUCCUGACAUACGGAAGGGGAUUUUGAGAAUAGCAGUAUUUGAGUCAAAUUUAGAGAGGAGGCCUCUUUUUAAAGUGACCUGUCCAUAUUCCCUGAAUGGAACUGACUGCCUCAGUACCACCUUAGGUUCUGAUACAUUGGUGACAGACCUGGAGAUGAAUAAUAUGCAUCCUCAUUUUUAUUGUGUACUUGUGACUCAGGUGUUCUCAAAGAUUAUAAUUCAUGAAACUCAUGAAGGGGUUGAACAAAAGAGGGAGGUAAGAGAGUUGUUGCUUGGUAGAGAAUUUGGUAGAAAUAGGAAUUAUUAGAAAAGUUGAUGUUUCUAUUAAAAUGAAAAACACUUGCUAGAGUUCUAAAUCCGGUUUCUAAUUCUAAAAACUUGGCUGUGUAGUUAUGUACAAGGCCUAAUGAACUAUUGUAGAGGUUAUAGGACAGAGAGAUCUCCAUGGUUUUAUAGGUGGGAUAUUUUUUGUUGUUGACAGAAGUAACUUCGUCUGAUUUCUCUUCCAUUAUAUUAUUUUAUUUUAUUUUUUUACUUUAUACAAUAAAAAUUUGGAUUAAAAAAUGAAAAUUGUAAGAAAUCAAAUGUUACUCAAAAAGUGUUCUGAUCCCAACUCUGCAAUUCUUCUACAUGAAGCCAUUUGCCAAAGCCAAAUACGGUUUACUUAGGACUGUCCCCCCCAAACCUUGUUUCUAUAAGCUUUGUCAAAGCUAUUACUCCAGGUUGUAGUGCUUGUUUUUCUGCUUUCCUUUGAUCUAAGUCCUGUCUUUCCUUCGAAUUUUGGCUACUUACUGCAUGAAGCUUUUCCCAAUAUCUCCAUUCUUGGUGGUAAUUUUAGUCUAAGAAUUCCUGAAGUACUACCUAAUUGAAACAUACAUUUGAUACUUGGAUCAUGUUAUCUUGUAUUAUAACUUAUUACUCCAUUAAUAUAUCCUCGGCUGGGUGCAGUGGCUCCUGCCUGUAAUCCCAGCAUGUUGGGAGGCCGAGGAGGGAGGGUCAUUUGAGGCCAGGAGUUGGAGAUCAGUCUGGGCAACGUAGUGAGACCCUGUCUCUACAAAAAAAUUUAAAAAAUUUUAAAAAUUGGUAUGUCCUAUCUCUUUAGCAAAAUCGUUGGCUUCUUGUGGGGAGAGAGCUUGUCUUAUAUGCCCCUUUGUAAUUCCAUUGCCUAGCACAGCAGAUGUGGUCACUGAUAGGUUUGAUUCUGUGAUUUGGAUCCAAUGUCAGUGUGACAGGAUACUUUUUUCCCCCCAUAAUUUAGGUUAUUUUUAUAUGACUUUAUGCCCACAAAACCCAAAGAUAAAACACACUAAAUUGAAAAUAAUUUCUUUUAUUAUAAGGUGAUUUGGUUCCUAUUUGCAGUUCUUUCUUCUUCUUUUUAUAAAGUAGGCGCUGUUUUACCUAGUUUCUUACGAAAAACAUGGUUUGGGCCAGAUAUCUUGACAGAAACCAAAUUAUACCAGCAUUUUUCUUUUAAAAAUCAUUGUUGAUUUAGCUGAAUUGUACUUCCAUGGAAUAAGCCCAAAUAAAUUUGUUAAGUACUGCAUGGUUAUGCAGCCAGAUUGUUUUAAAAUGUCAACCUUUAUUAAAGUCCCCUAAGCAGAACUUUAAAAAUAUCAAUAAACAGUCAGUUGCUAUUCCCUCUCAGAGUAUUUCUGUAUCUCAAAUUAUUAAGCGUUUUAUUAUAUCAUUGUUUUAAAGAUUUCUAUAAUGGCUGCUGUUUGAUAGCUGUAUUUGUUGUGUUUGCUACAGUUAUCAAAUAUUUAUGGAGCACCCAUUCAUUUGCAGUGAGAAGUUAUUUUAAAAUGCUUUUUGGCAUUUAUAGAAACAGAUUCUGAUUUUAAAAGCUCACCAGGGAAAAUAUGUACAAUUACUAUGUAUCCAUAAAAAUUUUAAAAAACACGAAAAACUCACUAGGGAUACUUGCUGGUUUGCUAUAUUCCUAUUAGGAAUUGUUCAUAUUUUAACUGAUAGCUGUGUCUUCAGGGCACAAUUAACUUAAUAUUUGAAUGUAAGUUGUUAAGCAGAAAUCAGUUACUCUAGUUGAUGAAAUGUUUGAUUAGUAAACUUCAUGAAUACUGAUUUUAUUCUAAGGCCUGAGCCAUUAGUUUAACAGAGCACUGAAAUGAUUCUGCUGUUGCAUUACCAAAACAUUUAGAUACUUUUAGCAGGAAAACUAAUAGAUACAUAAGGGGUUUUUUGUUUUGUUUUGUUUUUUUGUUUCAACUUUAAAAUUUUAUCAUUUUAAAAUUCCUUAAUAUAAUUAGGGUACAGAUUUAAAAUGAAAUAUUUUUCUUAAAUGAUAGGAAGCAAAACGCCUGUAAUUAAAUAGCAUUGACAUUCUGAUAUGAGCUUAUCAUAGUACCAUUCUAACAUGAGCUUGAGGUCCUCACCAAAGUCUUGAUGAAACAUACUUUUUAAAGACAUAAUUUUUUAAAACCCCACUUGGUUCAAAGACAUUGUCCAGAGCUCCAGCUUUGGACUUUUACCUGUAGUCAGUCAAACAAUUAUCUGGGGUUAUGCUUGUUAAGUCAGUAUUUUAAAAAUGAAACACCCUGAUUUUGUUCACUUUUGUUUUUAUAUAAAAGAAUCUUUACAGUCAACAUGUACUUCUAGAUGCUGUAUUGAAAUUGCUGGCAGAGUUUAUUCUAUACAAAAUGAACAAUCUGGCCCCUUGUUUUAUUUGUAAAGGUUCAAUGUAUCUAUGCCUGCCUACCUCAAUCUGCAAGGGAGUGUCAGAAAGGCCCCGCAUUCGCCAAGCCGUGAGUUAUCGCUAACUUUUCAGAUGUGUUAAUGAAUGUGGAACAAAAGCAGUUGUGUUUAAAAGGAAAAAGGACCAUCAAAAUAACUUUCAUUAUAGUAGCAGGCGUAAACACUAAACUGAAUAUUCCAAAUUGUGUCAAAAAUAACCUACUAGAGACGAGCUUCUAGAAAACCUAUUGUUGAACUGCUCUGAAGCCAUCGUUUUAACUAUAAAUUACUGUUGUUAAAAUUUUAUAUACCCUGGUUGCAAAUUAGAAUGUUUUGAAAAUAUCUUUAACCAAGUUAAAACAAUUUGAACAAAAUCUUACCCCAUCUAAAAAUGAUAGUAUUUAGUUGAAUUUAAGUUAAGCUCUUUAGUAUAUGACCAUAUAAAGGGGUAAAAUUUUAAUCUUUUUUGUUACUUACAUGUGAAAAUACAGAAACUAAAUGAUUGAAUCACAUCCUACACGAAGGUUUUUGGAGUGCUCCAGGCAUAUCAUGUGAAGUACGGAGGUAUUUAUAUCUCUUUUGGCACCAAUAGUUCUCGCUUCAGUAUUUCACCAGUAGGUUUUCAUUCAUCAAUAGUGUAUCAGUUUAAGGCUAAAAUAAAACACCUACAUUUCUUAGGGCUUAUUCUGUAUAGAAAGGAAACAUCCUUAUGAGUUUUUUCUUUUGUCUUUCCGAAGAGAUUCUAAGCAAAAAAAUUGUAACUAACAUCUGUAUUUUGUUAUUGGAGCUAGUUACCUUUCUUUUUCUUAGAUUCUUUAACGUUUUGAGUAGAUAGCCAUAUUUGAUAAGCAGGUUGGAUGCUUCUUUUGCUUAGGAGGUAGGUGUAUUGUGUUAUAUGAAGACAGAAUGAAUUUAAAUAUACCCAGUUUGGCAGCAUAGAAAAGCUCAGACUACAUAAAACUUGGAGGUAUGGAACCUUUGGACGCAUUAAAGUUAACGUUUCAUUAGGCAAUGUGCCUUUGUUUGACUGGUGUGUAAGUCCUUCUUCCAGGUUUGUACGCUCUUAAACGCGUUAUUCUACCCUCUCUAACUCCUCCCAGCAGCAAAAGGGAGACACUUCAGCUGGAACAAAAUAGUGGAAGAAAUGGCGUCUGGGGUUCAGUGGGGAUUCGCAGUGUGAGAUACUACUCGUCAACGAAUCAAAUUCAGUGAUGACAGAGUAUGCAAGAGUCACCUUCUCAACUGUUGUCCUCAUGAUGUCCUUUCUGGAACUAGAAUGGAUCUUGGAGAAUGUCUGAAAGUCCAUGACCUGGCUUUAAGAGCGGAUUAUGAAAUUGCAUCCAAAGAACAAGAUUUUUUCUUUGAACUUGAUGCCAUGGAUCAUCUGCAGUCAUUCAUUGCAGAUUGUGAUCGUAGAACAGAAGUGGCCAAGAAAAGAUUAGCAGAAACUCAAGAAGAGAUUAGUGCUGAAGUAGCAGCAAAGGCAGAACGUGUUCAUGAGUUAAAUGAAGAAAUUGGUAAAUUGUUAGCUAAGGUGGAACAACUAGGAGCUGAAGGGAAUGUGGAAGAAUCCCAGAAAGUAAUGGAUGAAGUAGAGAAAGCACGGGCAAAGAAAAGAGAAGCAGAGGAAGUUUAUCGGAAUUCUAUGCCAGCUUCCAGUUUUCAACAGCAGAAACUUCGAGUCUGUGAAGUCUGCUCUGCCUAUUUAGGACUUCAUGAUAAUGACAGACGACUGGCUGAUCAUUUUGGGGGUAAACUACACCUGGGAUUUAUUGAAAUAAGAGAGAAGCUUGAAGAAUUAAAGAGAGUCGUAGCUGAGAAGCAGGAGAAAAGAAACCAGGAACGGCUGAAACGAAGAGAAGAAAGAGAAAGAGAAGAAAGGGAGAAGCUGAGGAGGUCCCGAUCACACAGCAAGAAUCCGAAAAGAUCCAGGUCCAGAGAGCAUCGCAGACAUCGAUCUCGCUCCAUGUCACGUGAACGCAAGAGGAGAACUCGAUCCAAAUCUCGGGAGAAACGCCAUCGCCACAGGUCCCGCUCCAGCAGCCGUAGCCGCAGCCGUAGCCACCAGAGAAGUCGGCACAGUUCUAGAGAUAGGAGCAGAGAACGAUCCAAGAGGAGAUCCUCAAAAGAAAGAUUCAGAGACCAAGACUUAGCAUCAUGUGACAGAGACAGGAGUUCAAGAGACAGAUCACCUCGUGACAGAGAUCGGAAAGAUAAGAAGCGGUCCUAUGAGAGUGCUAAUGGCAGAUCAGAAGACAGGAGGAGCUCUGAAGAGCGCGAAGCAGGGGAGAUCUAACUAGCUGUGUACAUUUCUUCAAUCCUUAAGCUUCCUAUGGAGUUACGUACUAUUGUUUAGUUCACAGCUGUUCAGGGCGACAGUGAGCAGAUCCAGACACCAGAUCCAGCUAGGCUAGAUGUACAGUAUCUAACUUUAUCUGAACUGAACCUGUUUUCCUUGAUGAUGCCUAAAACUACAUCCAUAGUUUCUGGUGAACCUGUAAUACAGUUCUGAAAGUACAGUUUUAUAUAAUAAGAUGCUGAUCUCUUUAUUCUUUCAAGUAAGAGUGAUAGUGAACAAAUUGUGUUACUUGCCUUGGGAGUUUUUGAACGUUUGUAAAAUGCUGUCUUCCUAGUCCAAACAGCUGCAGCUUUGGGCAUUUUUCUUUUUAAUUCUUCUUCCUCUGACUUUGUAUCCCUUAAUACCUACACUCUCCAAUUGUAAGAGAAAGGGGGCAGGGAAGCAAUAUAGCUUCCAUUCUAAGGCUGUAUUCCUGUUAUGAAUUACUAGCUGAUUACAGUUCAGAGCAUUGAUCCUGGAAUGUGUGCCGGAGAAAUUUAAAAUACUGGGGUUUGUUUAAUGGUGCCUAUUUAGAGUUGGAAGUUGAACAGCUGUUGCAUUACAUACUUUUGCUUUUUUAUUGAAAUUUUGAAAUCAAACUUGUCUUGAUUUUUCUGUUCUGUUGAAUUGCUAUGUUCAGGAUGUUCUUGGGGGGUGGGGGCAGGGACUCUUUUCAUAAUAAGCACUUGUUUUAUUUUGUGUGUGUGGAGUAUAAAGGCUACACCCUUAUUGUAAAAAAUAAUAAUAAAAUGAAAAACAAUCACCACCACCAUUAUUAAACUGUAACUUGUCUAGUAAAUUGUCACUAGAACUAUUUGCUGUGGGCAUUUCCUCUAUUCUGUUACAUCAUUAACAGUGCCUUACUGUGCAAGGCACCAAAGGACAUAAAUAUGUACUUGCAAAGAUUCCAGAUGAGCUGUUCACGUGGGCCCCUUGCUGACUAUAUUCCAGCCACUUAAGGGUUGUUUGUAAUGACCAUUAGAGAGAAGGACUGGACCUGCAGAAGAAACCGGGGUGUUUUUAUUCUCAUUCAACAAACCCAAAUAAAAACAGUAUAUGUAACCAACAUAAUGAGACUAAGUUUCUGCAUUGAAGAGGUGUAUAUCUACUAGUAACUUAAACUGUACUUGGCAGGUAUCACUUGUGAUUCUAGAAAUUCUGAGGAAGAAAAAUUCCUUAAGUAAUGAAAUUAGUAUCUGUGGGUAAGGUCACCUUUCAAGAACUGUUAAUGUCCUUCGUCCCCAAGUUUGACAGAUUUGAUGUCACAGGCAUGUGGGCCUGUGUGAAGGUGGUGAGAGAAUGGGAAACUAAGGCCAUUCUAAGUGAUACCAGAUUACAUUAAAAAAAAAAAAAAACCCUCAUCAAGUUCCCAAUUUACCAAGCUAUGCCUCAUUAACUGAGGGUUUUCUGCUGGAUUUGGUUCCACACAUGCAAUUUAUAUGACAUUUAAUCUGAGAGACCCAUCUGCCUCAGUGGCCCGUUUCCCUUCUUUUAUUUUUGGUUGCUGAGAAAUGUUUUGUAUCUGCUUUGUUCCUGGUAGUCUGUGCUGUUCUAAAUCCUUACAAGCACUUCGGAUUUCAUACAUUGGGGUUUGGAGUAAAAUCAAAAGGACUAACUGGUUGGUUUGAGGAAGAAUGUCUGGGACCUGGCCCGUUAUAAUAGUGUAUCUGGACUUAGAUUUUGAACUCUAAAGCAUAUAUACAGUUGGAAUGGAACACUUGUAGAAGUAACACAGGUCUGUGUAUCAGUGGUUACUGCAGUUGUGGUUUCUAGGUGGUACAGGCUGCCCCAGCACGAACAGGGCAUGAAGUGCACCGUCACUGCGGGGCUGCAUGCCACACUGGACCACUUCAACUGCAUGGCUCUUUACAUGAUUGAUGCCACUGAAUUAGAAUAAAAUCUCAAAUCUUAAUAUCACUAUCUCAUACAGUUUUUGGUCUUUCUGUGCUGGUGACUGGUAGAAAGCAGAACUAAGUAUGUCGUAUUUGCAAAAAACUUCUGUUCCUCUGGGGAAUGUUUUGCUAGGUUUUUACCUUCAGUAAGGUUUCCUUCAUUUUGCUGUCAUCAAGUAUUACCCUAAAGCUCCUUUGCUGAGCUUAUCAACACCAACUAAAACUAAGGAAAAAAGCCUCCUUUAAUAGGUACGUUUUAAAAUUUAUUUUAUUUUAUUUUAUUUUUGAGAUGGAGUUUCACUCUUGUUGCCCAGGCUGGAGUGCAAUGGUGCAAUCUCAGCUCACUGCAACCUCUGCCUCCUGGGUUCAAGCAGUUCUCCUGCCUCAGCCUCCCAAGUAGCUAGGAUUACAGACGUGCACCACCACGCCUGGCUAAUUUUUGUAUUUUUAGUAGAGACAGGGUUUCACCAUGUUGCCCAGGCUGGUCUCAAACUCCUGGCCUCAGGUGAUCUGCCCACCUCGGCCUCCCAAAGUGCUGGGAGUAUAAGGCAUGAGCAACCCUCCCCACCCUACCCCUGCCAGGCUUGUUUUUUAAACAAAGACUUUACCUGUGAUUAUUAGACCUAAAACCAAUAUACCUUUAUCUUUUCCAAGUUCCCUCUUUCCCCUCCAUGUUACAUUUUAAGAAUCUAUUUUUAGUGAUAACUUUCAACAUUGGCCUUUUGAGCCAUCACCAAGUAUGCAUUACAAUUUCCACGAACACUUUUGCCAUUUGAUGUAGUAAAUUCUUUCAAAAUGGUUUUUAGGUAAUGAUUAUGUAUAUCAUUUAAGUUUUUUCAAAUAAAUGCUGGUUAUAAUUGUUAAA